AUGGAGAUGCCGGACGGGACAUCAGACAUUGUCCACCCCGAAGUUCGCGCACACAUCAACAGUCUUGUAUCCGCGCUUGGUGGCACAAGUGCCGACGACGAUGGCCGAUACAAGCUCGGCGACGACGCCCUCGAGGUUCUUCGCGAUUUGAAGAAAUGGAUUCGCUUCUACGACGAAAAAACGAACCGCAUGGACGUUGCACGAUGCAUUGCAGGCGCCAACCUUGUCGAAGGCGACCUCCUCCAAAUCCUCGCGAGCUGGCCCGAAAAUGAUACAAACAACAAGUUCAAGGCUCGCGUCGCCCUCGCGUGCUUUGAGAUCAUGGUGCCACUGACCUGGCCCAUGGAUCGAGACGCCGAGCGAAUGACGGUCAAUCAUCACCGUCACAUAGCGGUUCUUGAACUUGCGCAAGUGGGCUACAAGCAGGCCAUCAUCAACUUCGACGGUGCCCAGAUUCUCAAUACGGCUGUUCGGACCGCAUUGCCAUCGAUGGCCAUCGCGAUUGGCGACCGGACUCCUCGCGACCAAGGCAUAAUCAAGCUCGUGCUCUUUUUCCUUCGGAAUAUGGCCAUGAUCACUCCUCCCCCGGGUGCCAAAUACGAAGGGGACGAGACGCAGAUAUCCCGUUCCACGACGAUCGACGCAUUCUCAUUUCAAGAUAUCUUUGCGGUUCUGCUGAUGCUGGCAUCAAACAUGGGGGAAGACUUCCGCACCGAGGACGUGAUUGUCAUGGAAGUCAUAUACCACCUGGUCAAGCAGGUCGACAUUAAGAAGCUUUUCAUGGAUGAGCGGCAGUUAAGCAAGGCAAAAGCCCAAGAACUGUCGUCCCUGAUGAGCAAAGAGACUGCGAUGCGCAGUGCGCAGAACCGCAAGGGACCCACGCGCCACAACCGGUUUGGCACCAUGAUAUGGAUGCAGCGCGACGACGGAAAGGUGUCGACCAUCACCGGCCAGGACGCGCUUGCGGACAGUAUCACGCGGCAGAAGAAGCUUGACGAGUCCAAGACGUUUAAGCCACCACGCAGGGCGAAGAAGGGCGAACUGGAAUCAAAGGAUCUCGGCGCACCCGUCAAGCUCAACGCGAGAGCUAAUGCCCAACUUCGGACUUUCGUCGAAGACUUCCUCGACGCGGGUUUCAACCCUCUGUUCGAGCACGUCCGCAAAUCUCUUGACCGAGAAGCGCCGCACGUUCUGUCGUACCAUCGGAGACAGUUCAUGUACCUCGUCGCCUGGUUCUUGGAGGCGGAGCGAGUUCGCAGAAAGUCCAAACGGGAAGCCAAGAAGCCAGGCACAGCCGACGAGAUCAGCAGCUUCAACCUCGUGGCCGGCGUGUUGAACCAGCCAAUGUUUGUCACGCUGACGAAGACGAUGCACGACUCCUGGGAACAAAAGGAGUGGCCCACCUUGACGGCGUCGAUGCGGUGCUUUACUCAAAUCCUCCUCACCGUUCAAGAGAUGACGGAGUCCGGAAAUGAGGAUGACCAAGACAUUGCGGAAAACACAUUGAGUCGUCUUUUCUACGAAGAUUCCACGCACGACCUGAUCGCCAACGUUGUGAGGCAAUACAAAGAACAAGGCUUUGAGUAUCUCGAUAGCGCCACGGAACUGACGCACCAUUUCCUGCGGAUUCUGGAGGCGUACUCGAAACAAAACGUCGAUAUGCAGGUCCGGUCUCGUAGGCGUACCCGAAGGAAGAAGAAGGCUGCUGAGAACACCACGGGCGUGGAAACCCUCGACGGAGACAACGACGAUUCCGCAAACGACGAGGCCAACGCCGAGAGAACCUCAAAGGAGCGCAAGUUCGACUUCCACCGAUUUACAUCGCGGUUCACGCCCCAGGGAGUCGUCGACACUUUUGUCGCUUUUACGAAAUAUUACCGGGAUCUGGAUGAUUCUCAGCUCAAGCGCGCUCACCGCUACUUCUACCGCAUUGCUUUCAAGCAAGAUAUGAGUGUGAUGCUGUUCCGGGUCGACAUUGUGCACCUCCUGUACAACAUGAUUAAGGGGCCGGAGCCUCUGGACAGGAAUUCGGGAAUGUUCAAGGAGUGGGAGGAGCUUUCGAAGCAGAUUCUCAGAAAAUGCAUGCGCAAGAUUGAGGAGCGGCCUGAACUUGUGAUCGAGCUGCUAUUUUCCAAGACCAACAGCACGGCGUUUUAUCUGGAGUACGGCCAUGAGAAACAGACUAUUUCGACAACGAAUCCCCGGCCCGCGGCAGAACUCGAGUUCAAGCAUACCGAAGAACGCAAUCGACAAAUCGCCAUCGUUGUUGGGGCCCUACUUGACAAGAAUCAAGGUGACCACAUAGCUUGGGUCAAAUCCAUGCUUCAGUCUGUUGAGGACGAGCGGCGUGGCUGGGCGGCAGCAAACGAGGUCAUACCGUCUGUGGAACGCACCGAACUAACCGCGGAAGAUGCAUCGGCUGAUGAGAAGGCCAAUCUACCUCCCCCCUUCACUGUACGACCGGACGGCGAUGCCCGCAGAAAUGCCGUGUUCAAAAACUCGCACCUGCGCCUCCUAAUGAAGCUUGUGGGUUUCGAAAGGCUUGCUCCCACCAUUGAGGAGACGCCAGAGUCAUUAUGGAUUUUGCCCUCCCAGGUGGAUGCGGAAAACUUGCAUGAGAGCCUGGACUUUAUCAACAAAGCCGAGUUUGACCCGCCUGUCUUCGAAGAUGGCAGUGCUGCUGAUGAUCAGCUUCGGCGGAAGAAGGCUGUUCGAAAGCGGGCCGAAUACGACGACGACGACGAAGGCGACAUUGACGACGGGCCCCUCUUCGAGCCGCUGGGACCCACCGUCCGCAAAGCCAUUGACGCGCCCGCGCCCAAGACGACGAAGCGAAGGCGGCGCAGAAAAGGGAGCGAGGAAGACGAGGAGCAGCCGAACGAUUCCGAGGUGGAGGAGAAGGCCAGGAAGCGCAGAGAACGGGAGAGAGAAAAGGCGAGAAAGGUCAAGAGUGAGGCAUACGUCCACGCCAGCGACGACGACACGGACGAGGAGUACGACCGCGAGUUCUUCCUUCGGGAGGAGGCUCAGCGCUUACGCAUGGCUCGCGUCGUGGAGAAGGUGACGCUGUCAGCGCCUACCAAGAGGCCGGCCGCGGUUGUCCUUGACGAAAGCGACGACAACGACGAUGAUAUCGUCACCUUGACGAGGGCUACCCAGUCGACGCAAGCGAGCGCCGAUGCGGACAUGGAUGCUGGGAGCGAGGAGGAGCAAAACGGCGACAACAGGACGCCUUUGACAAUGUCUAGCCCGUCUUCCUCGCAGGACCAGGGUACCAUAAAACGGAGGCGGCUAUCCCCUAAAGAACCAUCCCCUGAAAAGGGGGCAGAGGGGCAGAAGGCGGCGAACGCCGACUCGGAAAAUAACGAGGACGACGCCCCGGUGCCCGCAGGACGCGUGCGGCAGCGUACGAGGGGGGGGUUCGUCAUGGACAGCAGUGAUGAAGAAUGA